AUAUUAUUAAAUAUUAUUAUUAGAUAAUAUUAUGUCCUAUGUAGCCAUUAUAUUAUUAUUACUAAUAAAUUAAUAGCUAAUACCCAUGUAAGUAUUAUGAAAUAUGAAUUCAAGUUAAAUCAAACAUCGUAAAAUAACCACAAUAAUUCCCAAUUAUACUGUUUUAAAUUAAUAAAAUACACGGCGACGGUGUUUACUAAUGAAAAUGAACCACCAUUUUUUUCUAUAACCUUUUUGACGUACCAGUGAAUUGUUACAAACAUGAGUUCCGGAUUUGUUUCGGAAACAGAGCUUGCCGAACGCCGCAGAAUCCGUCAAGAAGAAUGGGACAAAGUUAGAACGGCUGAACAGCCUUUGGCGGUGCCCGAAGAACAAUAUGAUCACCGAUCAUUGUUUGAUAGACUCGAAGAACAACGCAGAAAAAAAGAAUACGAAUAUGAAGAGACUCAUAAACUCAAAAACAUGAUUAGAGGUCUGGAUGACGAUGAAGUGGGAUUUCUUGAACUGGUUGAUAAGACAAAAAUGGAUGAAGAAAGACGUCAGCUAAUUGAGGAGGCCAGACAGAUUGAAGAAUAUCGUUCAAAAGUAUCAACUCUUCAGUGUGAAACUAUAGUUUCUCCGUUGAUGGUCCCUAUUCCUAAACCACAGACUUUGAAAAGUAGUGUACCGAGAAAAACACAGAGUAAGCUACUGGCAGGUGCAAUCAUAAAGAAAAGAACAUUGGAAGAAAGCACUAAUCCUUCAAAAAAACACAAACCUCCCUUUGAUGAAUCUAAAAUAGUACCAGAGAAAUUAACAAGUGAAACCAAAUCUAAUAUUUUACCAGGUCUUGCAUAUUCAGAUAGCUCCGAUAGUGAAGAUGACUAGUUCCAUACAAUUUAGGAAAUUAAGAGAUUGCAGUUUAAUAAUAACCAAAAUAUUUAAGUGGUUCAUAAAUUCAACAUGAAUAAUGUUCUGACAUAAUAUAAGUAUUAAGUAUACAUUUAAAAUUAUAUUAUUCCAUAGUUAAAUUGAAUUUUUUGAUUAUAUUUUCUUGUAUUUUAAUGAAAAAAGGUAAAAUAUAUUCUUGUUAUUUUGUUAUAAUUUCUUUAAAUUAAUUUAUAAUAAUCAAAAUUUUACUUUAAUAAAGCAGUAGUAAAAGUUAAUUUAUGAAAAAUACAAGUAUUAUACUCAGAAAAUAAACUAACUGUUUUAGAAUUAAGUAAAAAUAUUUGCCUUAUUCAUGACAAUUUUCAUCAUCUUAUUACAAAAUAAUUGAGUUUACUUUGUAAUAAAAAAAGUAACACCCAGUUAGUUCAUCAUAAUCUACUACCAGUAAAAAAUUAACUACAAAUAUUUUUUUUGAUUUGUACAUAAUUUAAUGUGAAUUGUGAAUCUGGCAGUGAUCGAAAUGAUAUUUCACCCCAUAGCCAUUUAAAAAAAAAAAUGUAUUUAAUUUCAGUGUGUUUUCAUUCUAUAUUUCAAUGUUCAGUGUUAUCAGUUGUUUUAUAUUUGUAGACGACAUGUAGAUUCUACUCUUUGUCUGUCGUUAGAAUACAAAGUUCAUCACACUAUAAUUUAUAUUGUUCUCAUUGAGUUUAAAUUUUAAGUUAAUUUUAUUUUUUUCAAUUCAGAAUAGGCUAAAUAGUUUGGCAAUGCUAAGCAUCUGUUGCAUAGCCAUUCGUCCAUAGUAGAAGACAGUGUUGGAUGAAAUAUCCAGGAAACUCCAUAUUAAUGGAUAUUAUUUUGUUGUAUAAAAGUUUAAUAAAGAAUUUUAUUGGAAGAAAUUAAAUAUUAAACGCAGAAUAACAAUUUUAGUUAUUUUGUUGGAAUUUAAAAAUUAUUAUUCACGGGUACUUGAAACUUUUAAUGUACAUUAUUACUUUGUAUACACACAAUAACAUUUUCAAAUUCAAUGUUUAUGGAAAUCAAUUACUUAAAUAGUAAUAAUAUAAAAAUGUAAUAAAAUAUACUUAGUAAUAUAGACUGAAAGACAGUCUCUUCACUCAGAAACAUUUUUCAUUUUACAAUGAUACCAAUCAUUGAAUUCAAAUAUAAAUUAUAAACUUAUAACACAUCCAUUACAGUAAUCCACAAUGACUCAAUGUCAUAUAAUGUACAGCAAAGCAGUACCACUUGCUCACCUUUUUUAAAAUUAUUGUUGGUGAAUUUAAUGAAGUUUUCAUUUGAUUUUUUUGAUUUUUUCUUUACUUUAUUUAGAUAAAUAUGCACAUUUCAAUUUUAUGGUCUCCGAAAACGUACUAAAUCCCAAAUGUGGGCUUCCUAAAAUAUUAAUUGAUAAGUUGCAACCCUUGAUUUAAAUCAUCGAAUAAAAUAAUAACUAUAUAAUACUGUAUCGUCUACCAAGGGUUGCCAUCCGUCCCGUUAUUGAUCACUCUGUCCCGACUAAAGACAAAAAUGUCCCGAUUGAAACUGCGCAAUGGAAAUGCCGUCGCCUGAGCCACAUAUAAGUAAGAAUAUAUAUUAUACAUAAUAUAUUGGUCGCUGGGAUAGAUACGGUUCACAGAAACUAGUUGGUUGGGGACUAGGGCGAUAAGCCGAUAUAAUAUCAUAGAGUACUAUUACUCCAUAUUGUAUAAUAUACUGAAUUCAUGCCCACAAAAAUAAAUAAUUUGUAUACCAAGUUACUAAGUAAAAAUUAUUAUUCAUAUUAUACAUAUAUUAUUGUUUUUAUCCUCGUUUUUUUUUUUCAAAAUUAAUU